AUGAACAACUCCACCAUCAACCUCACCAUAACUGAACCACCAACAGACUCUGCAACUCUUUUCAUUUCGCUCAUGGACAUUAUACAAAUGUGUGUGUACAGCAUCAAUAUUCCCUUUGGUUUUCUUAUACACUCUUAUGUUAUAUGGCUCAUCGUCACAGGAACAGAAAACAAAAUUGCAUCUGAGUUUUUCAACCUGAAUCUCUCUGUCUGUGAGAUUGGAAUCUUUCUGAAUUGUUUUUUUGAUUUAAUGGCAAUUUGGUUUUCAGGUUUUGAUUUAGUGGUACUUUUUCUAUCAGGACUAGGUAUCACUGGACGUCCUCUGUUUCAGUGUCUGAUCUGUGUCGAGCGUUACCUGGCUGUGGUUCAUCCUGUAACCUUUCUGAAGUACAAACCUCUCAGAUACAGACUGAUCUGCUGCACUGCUGCCUGGAUCAUUAGUUUUGGUUCUUGUUUGUGUGCUAUGUUUAUGGUGGCCUCAUUCAAUUUAUUGAUUUAUUCAUUGUUCUACUCAGUUCAGUUCCUCCUUUUUCUCUCCAUUCAGUUGUUUUGUUGUGUGGCUGUUCUCAGAGCUCUGAAGCAGUCAGGACCAGGAGAGAGAGGGAGAGAGAGAGAGGAGGAAAAUCAUGUGAAGAGAAAAGCAUUUCAUCUCAUUCUAAUAAUUACUAUAAACACUGUCAUCAUAUACCUACCAUAUUGUGUCACAGGAUUUAUUACUAUUUUCUUAGAAAUGUAUAUUUCAGCUCUUUGGUUUUUUGGUUUUUUGUGUUAUUAUGUGGCUGGUUUUGUACAUCCGAUUCUUUUUCUGCGCAGAGCCGGAAAACUGUCCUGUUGCUGUUCAUGUUAA